AUGUUUGCGUCGAGGUCGGGCGAGGCGAAGGUGCCGCCAAGGCCCACCCUGCCCAAACGGUCGCCGAAACGAGCUGAAGAUGAAGCUAAGGUGAAGGUGAGGUUUGGUGAGAAGGAGAACCGCCCCGACUCGUCAGAAGAUGGAGAUGAAGAUGAAGAUGAAGAUGGAGGUUCGGUAAUCAUGUUCGCGAAGAUGGGACAAGGGGCGCGUUCCAUGCUCGGCUCCUUCUCCACUCCCUCUGCCUCUCCCAACCGCGAACGAGAAGACGACAGAGAUGAUCAUGAAAAAUGUGAAAAAGAUGAAGGUGACGCGGGCAUGGUCGGGGUGGACCUGCGGGUCAUGAAGACCUACAUGCGCGACCUGACCAUGCGCCUGAGCGCCGACGCGGGAGGCAGUGAAGGUCGCGGAGGCGGCGGCGCCAAGGCGAAGGCCAAGGGCGGUGGAACGAUCCGGCUCUACCACGCGAUGAACAAAGGGCACCAGCGCCUGGCGAUCCAGAAGAAGAACGAAAGCGACACGGAAACGAAGAAAGAGCGAAAACGAAAACGAAGAGGAGGCGGAGGAAGAAGAGCGAAGGAGCGGAGAACGAGGACGAGAACGAGAACGAGAGUGACGAGGCGGCAGCUGGGCGAGGCGAAGAAGGGUGACCCGGUGUUCGUGUGGAAGACGCUCACGCCGCGCCAGCACAACCCAUCGGCCCUCUCUUCCGACGAUUCUAAGGUGGUGCGAAAGAAGAAGGGUGAGCUGCUGCGCAAGGAGUUCAUCGACACCGAGGCCAGCUACGUGUUCCUCAAUCCGUUGAAGGACCUGGCGGCCCAGGGCGAGCACCGGGCCAUCAUCUCGGCGGCCCACGCCGAUCUCAUCUUCGGGCGAGUGGUGCCCCUGCACCUCAUGCACCGAGAACUGCUCGAGGAAUUCAAGAAAGCGGAGAGCAGCAAGGCGUCGUUCGUCGAUGCGUUCUUCUUCUUCGUGCCCUACCUCAAGCUGCACACGCAAUACGUGAACAAGCACCCGAGCGCGAUCGAUCUGCUCCUGAAGCUGACCCGCGCCAACGCCCGCUUCCGCCGCUUUCUGGACGAGUGCCUCGGCAAGACGGGCAUGGACGCCGAGUCCUUCCUCAUCCUCCCCAUCCAGCGCCUGCCCCGCUACGAACUACUCCUCACCGACAUGGUGAAGCAGACGGUUCACAGCCCGCCCGAGCACCACAAACUACAGACCCUGCUGGCCCAGAUCAAGGAGAUCAACCGGACGGUGGAGGAGAGUCGCAAGCGAGAGGAGAACAUGGAAAAGAUGUUCCGCGUCCACAAGAGUCUCGUGUUCCCCUCACGCGAAGCCCAAAUCAAUUUGUUUGAUCGGGUGUCGCGAAGCUAUGAGCGCGAGGGCCCGCUGCAGGUGUGCACCAACAUCGCCACGCGACGCUUCGAAUCCCGCUACUUCUUCCUCUUCGAUGACAUCAUGUUGUGUACGAGGAAGAGGUCGGGCGAGAGCUACAAGUUCGAGUACAUGUUUGAGCUAAGGCACAUCGUGCCCCGAGCCGAGGGCAACGACAUCUCCGCCUUCGGUGGAGACGGUGUGUUUGGGCUGGUGGACCAGCAGGGCCGAUUGGAGUCGGAAUUGGACGACGACGCCGACGAGGACGACUACCAGGUGUGCGUUGAGGGUGGCGACGACCACCUCGGUCGAGCGCGCGCGCUGAGCUCGGACGGCAUCGGCGGCGCUGCGGCGGAGGGGCCACCGCAGGCCCUCUACCUCAAGGCCGCCUCCCUGCACGACAAGGUAGAAUGGAUCGAAAUUCUGCAGCAGCUCUGCUCCCCAGGCGAGCAGAGAGAACGGCUGCCAUCAUCAACGACGAUCGAGGAAACGGUGGCGGUGCCGCCGCGUCCAUCGGUGUACCGCCGGGUCGAACAGAAGGUGGCGCGCCUCCGACGGAAGAGCGGCGAAGUCGCCCUCCACAUGCUGAGCCGCGGCGACAAAUCAGCCGAGCUCGCCGACAUGUACUAA